AGACGCGCAAUGGGGAGCCCUAGUCUCCCUUCCACCUUCGUCCUCGUCCUCCUCGAACGAAGUCCCAGACGGACCGAACGCAACCAGCCGCCAAGCAUCCCGGUGCGGACGCGACAACACUGUGCGGGCGCGGCGACAAACUAACUUUUGAGCCCGUCGUCCCCGCCUCGCUAGCUCCUUGCUUCCUCCCUCUUCCUCCUCCACCUCGGUUCCCCUCACACUCUUUUUACACCCCUACUCCCUCCUCCUCACCUCCUACUCCCCCGCCCACGCCUAUCCUAUCCACAAUGUCUAUCCGCGCCGCACUCACUGCGACGCUCGCCCUUCCGGUGCUCGUCUCCGCCAUCGACAGCCAGUGGCUGCAGUCGAGCUACCAGGGUGGGGAGAACCCGCCGAGCUGGCAGGAGGGGGACUCGGGCAACCAGACCGUCUUCCUCGCCGGGCAGGAGGACAUCACGGGCACCAGCCAGCUCGACCACUGCCAGACGAUCUUCAUCGGAAGCGCCGCGGUCGACGGCACGCCCGACGAGGGGUGGAAGCAGCUCCCGAAUGUCGUCGGCUUCGACCUCCAGCGGCUCCCGCUCGAGGGCUACGGCAACGCUGUGCUCCCCUACUUCGUCGAGCGCGGCAAGGAUGCGGCGAACAUCAAGCGCGUCGUGAUCGCCCAGCCGGGGAAGCCGCGCGAUGCCUGGAAAUACGUCAACCUCCUCCGCAACUCGCUCAUCUGCGCCGCCGCGGCGGACCAAGACCCGGUCAACAUGGACGAGAUCCUGCUCGCCGCGCCCGUCUGGCUGAACGACUACGACCAGAAGGCGGGCGCGGUCGGCGCGACGGACGUGUACUUCAAGUCCUCGCGCUGGUUCGAGGGCGGGAUGUCGUCGGGCCCGGGGGACACGCAGAUCUUGAGCGUGACGGCGAUGGACUUGCUCGUUGCGCACUUCCUCGACGCGGGCGCGUUCCCCGCGGUCGAGCAGGUGGUCUCUGCGGGGCACAGUAUGGGCGCGCAGUUCACGCAGCGGUACGCGCUGAUGCGCGAUGCGGACGAUAAGGACGACAAGCUGAGGUAUUGGGUGGGCAACCCUGGAUCAUUCGCCUGGCUCACGGAGGAUCGCCCGAAGGAGAUCAACUCUGACUGCUCGGACUCGUACAACUCCUGGCCGUACGGCGGCCUCACCACGCACGCGCUCCACCCGUUCCCGAGCACCUUCAAGAAGGAGUUCAAGAACAACUGGGAUGGCGUCGUCGAGAGAUACCGCGCGCGCUACAUCCGCCACGCCCAGGGCCUCGCCGACAACGGGCCCGGCGACACGCACUGCGAGGCCCAAGCGCAGGGCGCCACGCACCUCGAGCGCGGCCAGGGCUUCGAGGCGAUGCUGAACGCCAUGUCCGGCGGCAUGCCCGGGCGCACGAAGUUCGACUACAUCGAGGGCGUGUCGCACCAGGACUACCCGAUGAUGGGGGCGGAGGUGUCGCAGACGAGAAUUUUCAGGGAGGCCAAUGGGCAGGAUGACUCGGAUGCGGGGGUGGAUCCGAGCGCGGCGGGUGCGGGGGGGACGAGCUCGAAGAAUGGGACGGCGGAGAGUCGGGAGAAUGGGGCGGAGGGGUUGGCUGUGGCGCUGAAGGGGAUGGGGGUGGCGCUGUUUGCGGUGGGGGCGAUGGUGGUUUGAGUGCCCCGCGCUGUGUUCCCGUCCAGCCUUGAAGCUGUCUUCUCCCCGAUCCCAGACUCCCUGCAUCCUCACUCCUCGACCUCUUCUACUUCAUGCCUGUCUCGCACCACUACGUCUACCCACUUCCCUGCGCCUUCCUACGCACCACAUACACCCCGACCGCCUCCUCAAGCUCCCCCCGACCGCUUUCUCAACACCCGAACACUACCAACUCCAUACCAUCGUUUACCCACACACUCUUUAGACAGCAUGAACCUUCGCUACGUUAUUUCCUCUACCACCGCCUCUUUCCCCUUAGUUUUCCCCACUUCCGCUCUAUUAUCAUCCCUCUAAGUUAUACAUUGUGUUGUCACGGCCUAGCUUCUUGGAAUCUCAGUUUGUCUUUGGAAUACCCCAGUCACAAAUUACGAUCCUCCGGGGC